GUUACAGAGCGCUCAGUCCCGGCGGAUCUCUGAAGAUGGCGGCAGCUGCAGCGGUGGGAGGAAGGUCAGCUUAUUACGGGACUGAGGGUGGCCGUGCCCCGAAGAGAAUGAAGACAGACGGAUCAGACGACAACGUGGCGGCCUCGGCGGAAGGAUACGAGGACCCUCACAAAACCCCGGCUUCUCCGGUGGUCCAUGUCAGGGGACUGAUUGACGGAGUUGUGGAGGCUGAUCUUGCCGAGGCGCUCCAGGAGUUCGGUACUAUAAGCUAUGUUGUAGUGAUGCCGAAGAAGAGGCAGGCCCUCGUGGAGUUCGAGGAUAUCCUGGGAGCCUGUAAUGCUGUAAACUAUGCAGCGGACAACCAGAUCUAUGUGGCUGGUCAUCCAGCUUUUGUCAACUACUCUACCAGCCAGAAAAUCUCUCGUCCAGUGGACACUGGGGAUGACUCCAGAGGGGUCAACAAUGUCCUUCUGUUCACCAUCCUGAACCCCAUUUAUUCUAUCACAACGGACGUGCUCUAUACCAUCUGUAAUCCAUGUGGACCGGUCCAGCGGAUCGUCCUCUUCAGGAAGAAUGGCGUCCAGGCCAUGGUGGAAUUUGACUCCGUACAAAGUGCCCAGCGAGCGAAGGCCUCCCUGAACGGAGCUGACAUCUACUCUGGAUGUUGCACUCUGAAGAUUGAGUAUGCUAAGCCCACAAGACUGAAUGUCUUUAAAAACGACCAGGACACCUGGGACUACACUAACCCGACCCUGAGCGGACAAGGUGAUGCCACAGGCAAUCCUAACAAACGUCAGAGGAACCCACCAUUGCUGGGAGACCACCCUGCAGAGUUUGCUGGAGGACCACAUGGAGGAUAUCAUGGCCACUACCACGAAGAGGCGUAUGGCCCUCCACCCCCACACUACGAGAGCCGUAGAAUGGGUCCCCCUCCUGUAGGAGCACCACGCCGGGGCCCGAGUCGCUAUGGUCCUCAGUAUGGUCACCCUCCACCACCACCCCCAGAAUAUGGCCCCCAUGCAGACAGCCCAGUUCUAAUGGUUUAUGGCCUUGACCCCAGCAAGAUGAAUUGCGAUCGGGUGUUCAAUGUGUUCUGUCUAUACGGCAAUGUGGAGAAGGUGAAGUUCAUGAAGAGCAAGCCAGGGGCUGCUAUGGUAGAGAUGGCUGAUGGUUAUGCUGUUGAUAGAGCCCUCACUCACCUGAACAACAACUUCAUGUUUGGACAGAAACUUAGUGUAUGUGUGUCAAAGCAGCAGUCUAUUGUGCCUGGUCAGUCCUACGGCCUGGAGGAUGGGUCAUGCAGCUUCAAGGUGUUCAGUGGCUCCCGUAACAAUCGAUUCACUUCACCCGAGCAGGCUGCAAAAAAUCGCAUUCAGCAGCCCAGCAAUGUCCUUCAUUUCUUCAACGCUCCUCCAGAAGUGACAGAACAGAACUUCCUAGAGAUCCAUGAUGAAUUGGGUUUGAAGAAACCAGCUUCUGUGAAAGUAUUUUCAGGAAAAACUGGUAAUAGAACAAGGCUGAAUAACGGUACGCUAGUAGGUGAAGGUCAGGCUGCAGUAGUUUUACCUGAGCGUGGCAAAAAAGGUGAACGAAGCUCAUCUGGACUGCUGGAGUGGGAGUCCAAGAGUGAUGCCCUUGAAACACUUGGUCUCCUGAACCAUUACCAGAUGAAGAAUCCCAAUGGUCCGUACCCCUACACCCUGAAACUGUGCUUCUCCACUGCCCAGCAUGCAUCGUAACCUCCAGAACAUCACAUGGUCACUCCCUCCCCGCCACUGAUGUUUAGUUAAAGUUUGGCUCCUUGAGCUAGUUCUUAUUUGGGUUUUUUUAUUUUUAAUGUAUCUGUGCUUUUAUUUAGCACAUGUUAAUAAAAUGUUUGGGGACACUUGUGUAGUAUCAUUGAUUUCAUGAUCCUUUGUUAUUAAACUAUCUGUUUAACAA